AUGUCUACGUCAGAUAUUAACAAAACUAUAGCAUUAUUACAAUCAUCGAAAAUAAAAGAAAGAAAUGACGCGUUAAAUAAUUUAGAGAAUAUAGCAGCAUCGAAAUUUAGAUUAAAUCCCAAACAAUUUAGACAAUUAACCCAAGCAAUAUUAGCAUUAAUUAAGCAUGAAUCACAAAUAUAUUUCAACAACAAAUCCACUACAGUCGACUCAAGAUUAAGUCAAGCAUCGUAUAAUCUACGACUCCUCACUGAAAAAUCAAUUGAAGAUACAAGAAUCGAUUUCAAAUACCGCACAUAUCUUGAUUUGUGCAUGGGCAUAAAAGAUCAAUUUUUCGUACACUCGGAAUUGUUAGAGCCUUGCUCGAUUGAUUUUAUUAAGACUAUAACAAGUAUUUUGAAUUUGAGUUAUGUCAAGGAACAUUUGAAUAGGAAAGAAUGGAGUAUACUAUACAUUUUCUUGGUUUCAUUAAUCAAUAAUAUAUUAGAUGAUUGUGAAGGGUCCUUCUCAAAUAACGGUAAUAACGAAAAAUUGUUGAUUGAUUUAUAUACGGCAUUACAGAAUUUAUUACAAUGUGAAAGUAGCGUUUCAAUCAAUUAUUUACAAUUAUAUGAUAAUGACAACUAUUUCAAGUUGUUGAGAAUAUUGGAUAAAACUUCAGAAUUAUUGAAGAAAGAAAAUGUUAUCAUAAUUAUUAUUUUCCGAAUAAUAAACAAGUUGAUCACGGUAAUUGCCACUGAGAAAUUCAAGUUUGUCAACAAGUUAAUUAAAAUUGGUAUAAGAUUAAUGGUUUACUUUCACCAUUCACAUUGGGAGAAAUUGCAGGAACAAUUUCUUAUAUUUAUUAACUUACCGGGAACUCAUGAUUUAAUCAACUUACACAAUUUACCAAAAUUGAUUGGCGAUCGAUAUAUUCUUAGUGAAAUCAGCACUCAAGAAGAUGGAGAUUCCAUAAAUUCACAAGCAGACAAUCAAGAUGAAGUGUUUUUAUACAAUCUAGGAGUGCUUAUUCAUCAUUUAAUGAAGAAAUUAAUGUCUGGGUCAUUUGAACUAAAAACUGAAGACAUUGGAAUGUGUACAAUCAACAACAGUAUCACAUGGUUCAAUUUGAAAACGAUAUACUCGGACUCGCAAAACUACAAGCCGUGGUUGUUGACUUUAGGAGUUUCACGUCUUUUGAAAUCAUAUUAUGACUUGAAACAGUUUAUAAACAAACAGUCAAAUGACCCACAAACCAGUCUACUUCUUUACUCAAAUGGGUCACCCAAUAAGAACAAGCGACAGAAACUAGGCUCAAUUGCAGAUACCAUCAGUGAUUCGAAUAGUGCAAUUGAACUUUGCAAUAAAUUAAUUCAUUCCAAAGAAUCAUCAGAUAAUCAAGUGUUGGGUUUGAAAUUGUUGACUUUUUACCUUGAAUUAUACACUUUUGAAAAACCAAAAGAACAAUCAACUGAAUCAGAUAGUAUGGAUACCACUAUUGGUGAAAACACAACAUUUGACUUUGUCAUAUCAACCACUGACAACACAUUCAUUGACAAAAAUGUGGUAAUGAAGAAUAUUUUGAUUACUUUUGACGAUAAUUCAAUGAAUUUCUGGAGCAGUCUUUGUGCAAGAUCAGUUUUGUUAGACGAAAUAUUGCAACUGAAUCAUGGUGGGUUUAAGUUCAAAAAAUCAUUCUCAAUACAGCUUUUGAAAUUAUCUUUACUUUUAUUAAAAGAGCCAGAGGUUGCCAAUAUUGCGUGCAAUAUCAUCUUUAAAUUAGUGUUUGAGCAGAAAACCAAUCUAAGUGAAUUGAUCGAUGAUUCUGUUAUCAUUCAAUUGGAAACUUUAAUUGAUCUUUCAGAAAUCAAUGGGCCAUACAAAAUCACUGAAGAAAGUUUCCAAUUUUGGUAUGCAAUCAACAAAUUGGCCAUUGAAGUGAAUUUGUCCAAGAAAAAUUUUUUGGGUCGACGAAUUCAAGAUUGGAUGUUAGCAAAAUGGGAUAUCACAUUUUCGCCUGGUGCAGAUUUUGUUAGUGUUGGCUCAAGUCUAGCCAAUUUCAUAUACUGGUUGCUGGGGAACUCAAUUAGUUAUAGCCCAACAACAACUCAGAAAUCGACUUAUGAAGGUGAUAUUUAUGAAUUUUAUUAUUUUGCACAAUCUUAUGAUAGUUUAGAAAAGUUUUUGUGUUUAAAAUCUGUAUCAGAUAGUAGCGAGACCAUCAAGUUUGAUAUAAUCAGCAUUGCUAGUAGUGACAGAAUUGACGCAAUAUUGAAUAAAGUAAAUCUGACAUUUAUGGUGUUUGAUAGAAGUCUGGUUACCAGUGGUAGUUUAUUUUGUUGGAUUAUCGUUUUACUGAAUAUUGUUGCAAAAGUACGUUCUAUGAAAUUUGUUACUCACGAAUUGACUGGAUUACAGUUUCAGUUGUCAGCUGGAUUGAACUCAUUUAAAGAUAUCACUUUAAGUUGUGAAGAAAUUAUUGAUGUCAUGGAAAUGGUUAAUAAAUUUUUGCCAACCGAUCCAGACACGAUACAGAUUUUCAUUCAAAAUUUCCCACUGGAAAAAUUAGUUAAUAUUAUUAAAUUUGACUAUCCAGGACUUGCAGAUAAGGAUAAUAGAAAAUCAGUCCCAGAAGAUGGUUUUGGGUGGGAGUUUUCUAGAGUUAGAGAUGCUACAACUCCUCCAUCUACUACUUCAACCAGCACAAUAUCUCUUGCAAAAUUGAAUUAUAAAAAGAUACAAUCCCUUGAAGUAUCUAAAUUUAUUAUGUUUACAGCAGAUAUUGAAGGGAAACUACAAUCAGAUAUCUUGACUGCGUUUUUGAACUAUGUCGAAACAUUGGAAAGUGAUGACUUUCUUCCGUCACUUUUGUUUGUUGUGGAGAAUAUCUUUACUGAUCAUCUGGCUCAUUUUAUUGAUGAAAUACAACUUGCCAAAUUAUUGAGAAUUAUAAAUGAAAAACUAUUAAGUACCCAAAACUACGAGAGAAAUGAGUUUGUCCUGGUGGUGAUUUCUCGGUUCUUGUCAGCUACAGCACAAGUUUGGAUAAAUUCUUCGGAUAACUCAUUAGCAAGUGAUUUCUAUAGUUUGGUCCUGCGACUUUAUCUGUCUGGAAGAGAUGACUUGAUUCUAACUGAAACUUCCAUUGUUGAAUAUUGCAGAUUUUUAGCACACUUUAUUACUCACAAUGAUGAAAGAGUCCUUUCAAAUACUGACAUUAAAAACGAACUACUCGAAAAGUUUUCAAAGUCUCCCAACAACAUCAAAGACAGAUUAGCAAAUUCAUUUGGGGAACUUGUUUCGCUAUCUACUGUACAACAACAGGGACAGAUUUAUUCUGAUCUUUUUGAUAGGUUUGUGAAUCCUGAACAGUCAGUCGAAUCUGCUGGUACAUACACUAAGUUUUUCACAAAUUUAUCUCAAUCAUCUUUACAUAUAUUGAGAUUAGCAUUGUUUAAUUUGCUUGAAUGUUCACGGUUCCCAUUUUUUAUUUCUUAUUUGGAAAUAUGUUUGAAAGAGUUUUGCAUGAUUAUGAAGCUAGAUAAUGCCAACAAAUUAUUCAAAAUUUUCAAAUUUGAGAUUUUAAGAAACUGGUGGAAGUACGACUCAAUUGAUGCAUUUCCAUUUGUGUUGUUUCUGUACACAGACUUAAGUUCCUUUUACCGUGACAAUUAUCGGGAAUUGAUUGCUGUUGCAUUAUCGACAAAAUCUAGGAGCCCAGAAAUCAGUAAUGCUUUUGUUGAGCAGUUGGCUGACUUGAAACAAUCUCAUAGUGAAACUUUAGUUGCAGAGAGUUUGUCAAUUAUUGUUCCAUUAUCGUACAGCAAAGAUGGAGUUAGAAACGAUGUGUUCCAAAUCCUUCUUGAUUAUUUAAAAAAUUCAUUCAAACAAGAAUUUAUAGACAAGUUACCUUUGAUUGUAUUGGAAAUCAUUAAAUUCACCGAAAUUUCAAAUGAAAAGUCCUUUGAGAGUCUUGGUACAGAUGGAUUAGUUACUAUGUUGUUAAAUGAUACUGGUUUCUCAUCAACCAUUCAAACAGCUGGUGAAAUGGUAAUUUCAUUUGAUUCUAGUGUUCAAUUAUUAAAGAAAUUAGUCGAGAAAUAUCAUCAACCUGAGCACGAAACGUUUUGGUCCUCGAGACAAAUUUACUUUCUUAUUAGAAGGUUGUCGAUCUCCUUGAAAUUGGCCACUACAUUUGAGCAAAAGGUUAUAUUUUUGAGGAAGUUCAAAUUUGUUUUAGUUUUGGGUGGUAAGAAAUCAAUUGACUAUGCUGUUUCUCGUCUUUUAGUUGAUACUUUAUGUCCAUUGUUACUGAAUGAGCCAAAAAUGUCAGCGGAUGUAUUCUUAAUAUUACAAUCGUUAACCGAUGUAUAUCUGCAUCGGUAUACCUAUGAUAAGUCCAUACUGUUAAUAAUCCAAAUCAUUAAUUCUUUGUUGGAAACUGAGGCUGUUGACCGAUCAAGGGCUUUACUUGAUUGCAUUGAUGAUUUUGUUAAUACUGGCGAUCAAGAUAGAGCAAUUUGCCAACUUCUCAAAUCAUCAGUUGCGAUUUUAAAGGGUCAAGCAGUGGAGAUAGAGUCUUCUUUGAUUGAAUUAUGUUUGGAAGAAAGUGGACCUGAUUAUAUAAAGCAGAUGAUUUUGAUUUCGAGAAUCUUUGGCAAUGUCGUUUUUGCCACAACCCAUAGUGGAAGUAAAUUACCUGUGGUUGAGAAAUUAUUGGCACUCAGUAAAAAUCAGAUUCAGGAAUUUUCUGAUGGAUAUAAAUUGUGGAUUGCUAAUUAUUUGUCUGAUUUUUAUAUUGAAGGUGGUUGUAAAGAGCAGAUAAAAGCUCUUACAUUUGAUGAAUAUGAAGGAAUUCCUGUGAAUGAUUUUGAAAACGAGGUUCGAUCUUUUGAUUUUACAUUGAAAUCAAUUGAACAAUAUAUUUACAAAGAUGAUUUUGAAGCUGCAGCUUGUGCUGAAUCCAUUAUCGGUGUUUUAAUUCGAAAGUAUGAAACAAGUAAACGGGAAGUUUCUAAGUUUUUGAAUUUUGAAACCACGCUUGAAAAGCAUUCCGAUAGUAUACUUCCAAUUGAUUUCCAUACAUGCGUUAUAUUAAAUGAUAAAGCUGAUGUGGAAUACUUGGGAGAUGAAUUAAUUGAUAUAAUUAACAAUUUUGAGUCGUUUUUGCUGAAUGGUACUGAGUUGUGGUGCACUAAAUUGUACUUGGCACUUUUACAGGAAUUGGCAGUUGAGACCAGCAUUGCUCCACUUUUAAGUACUUUUGUUAUAAUGGUUCCUGAAUUUGCUAAAACUUCAUUACCAGUUUUAGUUUGUAAUUAUUUGGCUAUAAAACGUACUCACAGUCAAGACAGAAUUAUUUCCCUUUUGAAUGAGUUUUUACACACUUCCAAAAAAUCAGAAUCUUCUAUUAAGGUUUUUCUUCAAAUAUUGAUUUUAAUUAGGGUUGGUGCCAAGAUUUUUAAGAAACCUGUGUUUGCUAAUGUGUUUGCAAAAAUUGAUAAGUUAAAAUUCUACCAGUUGGCUUGCGAAGUGAAACAAUUUAAAACUGCGUUAAUGUUGUUUGAAGAUGUAGCAUCAGAUACUAACUCAGAUGUGCAUUUGCAAGACCAUUAUCAAACAUUGCAACAUGUUUAUGAGUCGUUGGAUGAUGACGACUUGGUAUUUGGAUUGCCGGAAAGAACAACUUUGGAAUAUUCAAUUUCAAUGAUUAACCGAGUUGGGAAUUCAGAUGACAGGCUUCGAUUUAGUAGUGCCGGUUUUGAUACUGAUAUGAUUUUGAAUCAAGAACCAUCGUACUCCAAUAUAGUUGGCUCUUUGUCAGCUGCGGGUCUUUUGGGAGUGUCAAGAGCAUUGAGCAAAAAUACCAGUUUUGCAUCUAACGAUGAUUCACAAUAUGAAUGGAGUUGGAAAUUGUCCAAAUGGGACUUGCCAAUUUCGAAAAAUGCCACCAAAGAGAACGAGGUGAUAUACAAAACCUUGAAGCAAAUCCAUGAUUUCCCCAUGAAUCUGCAAGAUAUAUGUCUGUCUUCGCUUUUGAAUGCUGUGGAUAAUAAAGUGUCAGCAACUAAUAUGAGUGUUAAAGAGUUUAAACAGGAGGGAAUAAAUUGGUUGAAAACCAUUUCGACUGUAGCUUCCAUUGCAGAAAUCGCAAAUGCCACAGGUGAUAAUAUCAUUCCCAUGACAAACCAGUUUUCAGAAAAAACGCAAUGGUUUGGGGAGGUUGAGUUUAGCAUGUUUGAGAAUUUAUUGUUAGCAAGGCAAACAACGUUUGGUUUAAUAAAUGAUAGGCCGAUUUCAAGUUUACCUUCCGAUACAGCUUGGAUGGGUGCAUUGUGUGACUUGGUUAGAUAUAACAAUUUAGCAAGGACCAAUGGAGAAUACCAGAAAAUGGUGACAUCGACAAUGUUGGUUGAUGUGGUAUCUAAAAAACUUCAAAGCAGCUCUUUGGAUAUGGUUGCGUUCAACGCGAAUAACUUGGCAUCUUUUCAAACAGCACAAACUCUUUGGUGUCAGGGGAAUACCAAUGUACCGGUGAUGAUUAUGAAAGAUUUGUAUGCGGCAGGCGGUAUUGAUAUGUCAGAAAACAUUUUAAAGGUAGACAAAUGUUUGAUAAGAGCCAUGAUGGUUGAUUGGAUGUCUCAAUCACGACAGGAAGUUGCCUCUAGUAUUAUGGAGAAAUAUGUUAUGCCAACUGAAGAGUUAUCGAACCACAUGAUUGACCUUCAACAACAAUCAAAAAUAUUUUCAAUACUUGCCCGUUUUUGUGAGGAACAAUACAAAUUCAAGUCUUUGAGUGAAAAAAUUUCCAAAUUGGAGAAAAGAGUACUUAAUAAGGAAAAUGAAAUUAAAGAUCUUAAAAAGCAAUAUGAAAAAGUCACUGUUACACAUGCUGAACAGAAGCAGGUACAACAAUACUACAAUAGAUUGAAAAAGCAAUUUGUUUCUGAAAGUAAAGAUUUGGAAUCGUUACGAAAAAGCAAACAAUUGUUUUCUUCCAAAGCGGUUCAAUAUUAUAUGAAGAGUAUCAUUGUUGAUGAUUUUGAAGAAGAGAACUUGGAUAAAUUUUUCUCUUUGUGGUUAGAACAAUCAGGGAAUAAUGAAUUGAAUCAAUCGAUUCAAUCCAAUUUAUUGGCAUUACCUAGUUAUAAACUCGUUUCCUGGUGUACUCAAUUGAUAUCAAGAUUAUCAAACGAAACAAACAACUUUCAAAUAUUAUUGAAAAAAUUGAUAAUAAACAUGUGUCUUGAUCAUCCCCAUCAUUCAUUGUACUUGUUGUUAUCAUUAAAGAAACACAAGCCCAAUACAAAUGAGGUGUUGAAUCCACUGUUACUUUCUAGAUGUGCAGCUGCUCAAGCAAUUUGGGAUCAACUAUUACUACAAGACCAUCGAUAUAUACUGGAUGUGUUGUUGCCAAUUGAUGGUUUUACUGAUCAGUGUAUCACUCUCGCUGCAUAUAAGGUUUCCAAGGGUAAAAGCAUUGAUUUGACUAAAUUCUCUGCUGGUGAUUAUUGGUUAAAUGAGUUGCCAGCAAUUCCACCGCCCACGGAAACAAUCAGGGUUGAUCCUAGCAAACAAUAUAAGAAUGUUCCCGUAUUACAUUCAAUUGACAAGAAAAUUCUGAUUGCGACAUCUGGGUUGAGUUUGCCAAAAAUUGCCAAUUUUAUCUUAUCAAACGGUACUGAGCAUCGUGUGUUGUUGAAGCACGGUACCGAUGGUAUUCGACAAGAUUCCAUCAUGGAGCAAGUUUUCAAUAAAGUGAACAAUAUUUUUGCCAAGGAUCGAGAAUGUAACAAGCGAGGAUUGACUAUUCGGACAUAUAAUGCGGUUCCCUUAGGACCGUUAUCAGGUAUAAUUGAGUUUGUUCCUAAUUCCAUGGCAUUUAUUGAUGUUAUUAGUGGAUACCAUCAAAUGCAUGAUAAGAUUAGUUAUGACAAGGCAAGAGAGAUGAUGAAACUGUGUCAGUCGGGUGAUAAACAAAAGCGAAUACAUAGUUUUGAACAAAUUGAAGCGAAAAUCAAACCUGUGAUGAGAUAUUUCUUCCAAGAGACGUUUUUAACUUCUGACAGUUGGUUUGAGAGUCGAGUUAAGUAUACUCAUGGAAUUGCCACUUCAUCCAUUGUUGGUCAUAUAUUGGGACUUGGCGAUAGACAUUGUAAUAAUAUAUUGAUAGAUCGAAGUACAGGUGAACCAAUUCAUAUUGACCUUGGUGUUGCCUUUGAUCAGGGUAAACGAUUAGCUAUACCAGAAACAGUUCCGUUUAGAUUAACACGUGAUAUUGUCGAUGGGUUUGGUGUAACGGGAGUGGAAGGAAUGUUUAAGAAAUCAUGUGAACAUACAUUAAGAGUGUUGAGGACAAACAAGGAACACAUUAUAUCUAUAUUGGAUGUGUUACGGUGGGAUCCAUUAUAUUCAUGGACAUUAUCACGAUUUAAAAAGCGGAAGUUGCAAGAGGAUGAAACAGGACCUGGUGUGCAACCAGAGGAAGAAGGGUCAGAAGCUGGUACGGCAAUAAUGACAGUUAUUGAAAAGUUGAAUGCCAAUGGAUUGAGUACUGAAGCAGCAGUACGAGAAUUGAUUCAAGAAGCAACAAGUACACAAAACUUGGCAUUAAUUUAUUUUGGAUGGCUGCCAUUUUAUUAG